GUGUUGGGACAAUGUAUCGAGGAAAUGCUCCAUCUCCACUUGGACUUGUCUCAAUUGAAUAACCUGAUGGAGGAGAAGAUGGCCCCAUCAAAUGAAGAUCAAGAUUUGUUUCCAGUUCAUAGGAAAAUGGUCAUGGAGAUUAUGAUAGAGAUUAUUGGGGUCAAAGAUCUACCCCAGGGACAUAAAGGAAGCCUCUUUGUUACAAUCAGCAAGAACCAACCAAAUGCAUUUCUUAAGAACAAAAGAAGCAUAAGCAUUUUGUCUGCCACUAGUGAGAAACAAUCAAUUGAUUUCCUCUGUUAA